UCAGAAGAAACAGCUUGAACUUCCCUACUCCCAACGAGCUCAGCGCCAUGGACACUAAAGGCUCAUUUUUCUAUGGCUUCCUUUUGCUCCUGCUCAUCCAGCUCCAGCCCAGCAGAGCCAACCCUAUCUACAGCCUCAGCCCUGCCAAAGAACUGGCCAGCAUGGAGGCUCUGCUGGAAAGACUGGAGGAUAAGUUUGCAAUGAUGGAAGCCCUGGAGUCCAAUCCUGACCUGCAAGAAGCCAAACCCCAGGAGGAGACGCUGCCGGAACUGGCCGACGACAGUGACAACCAGAAGGCUGAACCCAGGCUGGCACCCAGCACCCCUCUGUCCUACAGGGACCCCUUCCUCAAGAGACUGAGGGGGCUGCAGAUGCCCAGGAUGAUGAGGGAUUCUGGCUGUUUUGGCAGGAGGAUUGACAGGAUCGGCUCCCUCAGUGGGAUGGGCUGCAAUGGUGAGUCCUGGCUAAGCCAUUUCACUGAAUAG